AUGGAAGUCACCGGCACGCCCGAGGAACGUAUUCAAAUGUUCCUUGACUUUGCCUCCAAGAGCGACACAAACUGGCAGAGCCGCAUCUCGCCGUACGUCAAACUCCUCUCCGUGCGCGCCUCCGGGCCGCACCCCUCCGUCACCUUCUCCUUCAUUGUGGAUGAGUGCCACAACAACGCGAGCGGCAACAUGCACGGCGGCGCCGUCGCCACGCUCUUCGACUGGGCCACCUCGAUGCCCCUUGCCCUCGUCUGCCGCCCGGGCCACUGGAGCUACAUGGGCGUCAGCCGCAACCUCGACGUCUCCUACCUGCGGCCCGCGCCCGUCGGCACCGAGUGCCUGCUCGAGGCCGAGAUCGUCUCCGUCGGCCGCUCCAUGGCCAUGCUGCGCGGCACGCUCCGCCGGAAGGCCGACGGCGCCAUCCUGGCGACCUGCAGCCACGACAAGGUCAACACCGAUCCGCCGGUCUCCAAGAUGUGA